ACGACUAGAGGAACUGUUCUACAGCUAGGACGGCUGACAACUACAACCAGACGAACCGCUGUACAACUAGGACGGCUGACAACUACAAGACGAACCGCUGUAUAGCUAGGACAGCUGGCAACUACGACUAGAACUGCAGCUAGAUCUUACAGACAGCCGGCGCCUACGACUAGAGGAACCAGCUGAUGACUACAUCUAGAGCUGCAGCCAGAUCCUUCCUGGUCACCAGCGUGAAGAUCUAAUUCAUGUUCAGAUCUCAACAUCAGAUUCCACAAUGCUGACUUCUAGAAAAGCCCUUAUGAGCAAUCUCAACUUUGUCCAUCUACAGCAUGUGUCCCUCGGGGUUCACCUAUCAAUGCACCCCGAGGUGACCGAUGCUCCUAAUAACCAAGACACAAUCAUGAAAUAUGGAUGUCAGCACAAGUGGCGAGACACGACAGAGGUGGACCAAAACUCCAAUGACCUAUCAGUGCCAUGUCGGUGUUGUGACCUUCACACUGAAAUGGAAGCCUCUUUACACUACAGCUCCUUGGAAGAUCUGGACACGAUCAUACGUAAUGAGUGCCUGUCACCAGAUGAUCUGCCACUGAGUCCACUGUCUCUGUCUUCUCCUUCCACUGACAGCAGCAGUUCAUCAGACUUCACUCUGGACGAUUCUCCGGCCUCCAUGUACUACAAGGAGUACUCUCAGGAUGGUCUGGACACCCCAGACCAGCAGCCGGAUAUCAUCCCUCUUGAUGUGGCCCUAGAAGGUCCACUAUCCCCCAGAUCCAACACAAUACUGAGCGAGAACCCAUCAGAAACCAACAACAAUAUGGAGGUAGAGGACACACCAUUUAUAGACUGGAGCUCCAUGCUGGACAGUAACAGUAACACCCUCAUAGAAAGAUCGGGGUCUUCCUCCCUGGAUAGCGAUACCACCACAGAGCAUGAAGUCCAGACAAACAAAGCCAGAGAAAAAAACUGUACAGAUCAUUGGUCUGAAGAGCAGGACCUUCUAUCAGGACUCCUAGGAAAUGCAUCUAGCCUCACCCCAAAGAAGACGAUCACUUCAUUCCAUGAGCUGGCCCUGAGGAGGAGGAGGAGUGGGGGGCUGCCGCCCUCACAGGUGAAAAGAGACCGCAGUGACUGGCUUAUCGUCUUCUCCCCAGACAAUGAGCAGCCGCCGAUGAAUGAGCUGACCGCCUCUGCUUUUUAUCAUGGAAUACCGGAACUGCAAACUCAACAGUUAUCGGCAGCAAAGGAGGUCACCACUUUUCGUGAAAUGAGGUAUCGCAAUUACCUGAACAAGCUGAGUGUCCAUGAGGAGAGACCAAACAUGACCUCAGCAAGGUCCACCGCUGAACCUUCAUCUAUAGAAGUGGUCUGGGGUGCAGCCGAAGACCCCAAUCACUCUAAGAUACUCCUCACAACAAAACCAGAAGUGGACGACAGCCACGAUCAGAGACAAGGGCCACCACACUCCAAGAACAUGGACUGUAGAACAGUCGAUGCAAAUAUACCAUCCCCGAGCGGUCACGCAGAGUCUGUCCUUGUGGACACCCAGCCAGCUUUUGAGGAGAAAGAUGCUAGACGUGAGGUAACAGACAAUAAAGUGAGACCAGCAGAGACCUGGAUACGAGGAAUGGCUGACGGCGGUGACCACAGAGGACAGGAAGUCUCCAACCUACGGCCCGUCUACCUGUACUCCCUGCUGUCCCCGCACUGCUCUGCCCGUCCCUCUGGCCCUGCCCAGCUGUCCUGGUACUCCAGCUUUCCACCCCGUCUGUCCCCUCUGGGCGCUUCCUCCCCGCCUCACCGGGCACUGCUUCACCUGCUGGACCUUCCAGAUAAAGCCAUUCUGCAAUCACCAAUGUUCCCGAGAAGAAGGACCUACCUCCGAAUGACAAGAGGCGGUGAAGCUCGGGGCCAGGCGCUGACGGACCCCCCGGACACAGGUUACCCACCUUCUCUUCAUAGUUCUCUUCUACAUCCUUUUUCUUAUUGUCUGACAGAGGAGUGACCACCCAGGACAUGUAGAGCGGGGGCUCCUGGGACUACACCUGACGCCUCGCCAGCUGUACCAUGUCAUGGAGAGAGAGGCCACCUACCUACCAGUUCCCAGGAGAGACCCCAUGUGUGAC